CUAACUCAUUAUGUUUCAAAAUCAUUAGGAAACAAGAUCAAGGUGUUCUCUGAACGGGACCCUAAGGCUAUUCAAUGGGGAUCGGCUGGUGCUGAUUAYGUAGUAGAAUCCACUGGUGUAUUUACCACCAUUGAAAAAGCCUCUGCUCACUUGGAAGGUGGMGCCAAGAAAGUUAUCAUCUCUGCACCAAGUGCUGAUGCACCAAUGUUUGUUGUUGGUGUUAACUUGGAUGCAUACAAUCCAUCAUUCAAAGUUGUAUCUAAUGCUUCAUGCACAACUAACUGCUUGGCUCCAUUAGCCAAGGUUAUUCAUGACAACUUUGGAAUUGUUGAAGGUCUUAUGACUACUGUUCACGCUACUACCGCCACCCAAAAAACUGUUGAUGGGCCAUCUGGAAAAUUAUGGAGAGAUGGCAGAGGUGCUGCCCAAAACAUCAUUCCUGCAUCUACUGGAGCAGCCAAGGCUGUAAGUAAAGUCAUCCCAGAACUUAAUGGAAAAUUAACUGGAAUGGCUUUCAGAGUACCAGUUGCUAAUGUUUCUGUUGUUGACUUGACUGUACGACUUGCAAAACCUGCUUCUUACCAAGACAUCAAAAAUAAAGUCAAGGAAGCUGCAGAAGGWCCAUUGAAGGGAAUUUUGGGUUACACUGAAGAUGAAGUUGUGUCUUCUGACUUUAUUGGUGAUACCCACUCAUCAAUCUUUGAUGCCAAGGCGGGAAUUUCAUUGAACGACCAAUUUGUUAAACUUAUCUCAUGGUACGAUAAUGAAUAUGGUUACUCCAACCGUGUUGUGGACUUGAUCAAGUACAUGCAAUCUAAAGAUUAAACCAUGGUUUCAAGCUACUACUAAUAGUUGCGAUAAGUAACUACACAUUUGUGUUUUAGAUUAAAACUUCAUCUUUUAUGUUCCCCAAUUUUGUCAACUGUGAAAUUUUGAAUAGAAAUACUCUUUUUUUUUUUCAUAGAAA